AUGCGUCGAUCAACACGACAAACAAGUCACAGCUUGGGUGACAAUAAUGAGCUGGAGGCUGUUGUUGACAAUCCUGUCGAGGGCGACGUUAGCGUAGCCUUUCCCGAAGGCGGCCGAGAGGCAUGGAUCUGUUUGCUAGGAUCAUGUCUCAUGAUGUUCCCCUCAUUUGGAUUUCAGACUGCAGUCGGAUCCGUGCAGGAUUAUAUCAGCACCCACCAGUUGGCCGAAUAUGGCGAUCGAGAUGUUGGCUGGAUCACUGCCGUACUAGUCUUUUUGACCUUGUUUCUUGGUGUCCAAGUUGGGCCGCUCUUUGAUCGAUAUGGACCCAGAGUCUUGCUGAUCAGUGGAUCACUUGGAAGCUUUGCUUCGUAUAUACUCCUCGCAGAAUGUACGAAGUACUGGCACUUCAUGCUUUGCCUUGGUGUUCUCGGUGGACUGUCCGCAGCAAUAGUUACAACUGUUUCUAUUGCAGUCCUCAGCCACUGGUUUAAUCGAAGACGCGCCCUUGCCUCUGGAAUUUGUAUGGGAGGAUCAUCAGCAGGCGGUGCCAUUAUCCCGUUAAUGCUACGAACAUUGUUUGACAAAUACGGGUGGACAUGGGCUAUACGCACAGUCGCUUUUAUGGCUCUGGGCUGCUACAUGCUGGGAGUACUGCUUGUUAGAGGACGUCUGCCCACUGGCACCAAGAGCAGAGUGACGAUUGACCUUGCAGCAUUCAAAUCACCCCGUCUAUGCUUCCUUGCAGUGGCCGUGUUUUGCUUCGAGUUCAUUAUUUUUGGUUGUGCUGCGCUUCUACCUUCUUAUGUCCGUUACAGCGGCUUCUCGGUGGACUUGCAGUUCUAUUCUCUUACAGUCUUGAACAGCAUGAGCCUUCUUGGCCGAGUGCUUCCUGGCUUUGCUGCUGACAUGUUUGGUCGAUUCAAUAUUCUAUUAUCCUUGGUUGUCAUAACCAUUAUAAUUAUGGCUGCUGUUUGGCUGCCAUAUGGAUCUCACGAUGAAGGCACACUUUAUGCAGUUGUGGCGAUUUUCGGCUUCGGUUCUGGUGGAUGGCUAUCACUCGCCCCGGUUUGUGCAGGUCAGCUCUGUGAUACGAAGGAUUAUGGGCGAUUCUACGGCACAGUGUACUGUGUGGCUUCGUUCGGAGUCUUGCUCACUGUUCCAAUUGGAGGACAGUUGCUACAGUCAACUACACCGCAGGUCCUCAUUGGCUUCUACUCAGCCAUUCUGCUUGUCGGACUCAUUAGUGUUAUACUGUCUCGAUGGGCUAUCUUGGACUGGAGUUGGAAGUGGAAAGCCAAGGUCUGA